GCUGGAAUGUUCCCGAAGCUUUGGGCAGCGGCUCCAUUGCACUGGGUACCCAAUCUGGGCCAAGUCUGGGGUCAAGCUUAUGUCACUUCGUUGGUUGCUUGCUCCACCCUUCCUUGCCAGAAUCCCCCGCCAAACCCGAUCGCCAAUUGCCCCUCCAAAAUUUUCUCCAAGGACCCUAUAAAAGUCACCGUCUGCUGAUCCAUCCCAACGGCCGUUUGCGACAAUCCACACAGAUAUACCACCACAACAUACACAAUGCCCGAGGAAACUUUCACCCCCAUCGGCCAGAAGGUCGAGGAUAUCGCGCCCGCCGCCGCCGACGCCCAGGCCGAGGAUGACGAGCCCCGCGGUGUCGAGGAGAUUGAGUCUCUCUGCAUGAACUGCCACGAGAAUGGAACAACACGUCUUCUCCUUACCCAGAUCCCCUAUUUCCGCGAAAUCAUCAUCAUGUCCUUCUCUUGCGACAAGUGCGGCUUCCAGAACAAUGAGAUCCAGCCUGCCGGCACCUUCCAGCUCAAGGGUGUCCACGUCGAGCUUCGCCUGACCCAGAUAGAGGACUUUGCCCGCCAGGUCGUCAAGUCUGAUACCGCCACUGUCAAGUUCAUUGAGCUGGACGUUGAGGUUCCCGCCGGCCGCGGUCAGCUUACCAACGUCGAGGGUCUCCUGACCACUAUUGUCGAGGACCUCGAGGCUGGCCAGGCGGACCGCAAGGAGCAGGCCCCCGAGGUCUACGAGAAGGUUGAGGAGAUCAUCCAGAAGGGCCGCAAGAUGCUCGCUGGCGAGGCCUUCCCCUUCCGUGUCUCCGUCGACGACCCGGCCGGCAACUCCUUCAUCACCCCCGACAUGCGCGACGGUGUUGGCAAGUGGGAGAAGCGCGAGUACCUCCGUACCAAGGAGCAGAACGAGGCCCUCGGUCUCACCGACACCAGCAACGAAGGCCUUACCGAGAGCGGCGACAUCAUCCCCGACACCGUUUACGCUUUCCCCGCCACCUGCCCCGGCUGCAUGCACCCUUGCACCACCAACAUGAAGAUGGUCGACAUCCCCCACUUCCGUCAGGUCGUCAUCAUGAACACCACUUGCGACGACUGCGGCUACAAGUCCAACGACGUCAAGACCGGCGGUGAGGUGCCCGAGAAGGGCAAGAAGGUCACCAUCAAGGUCAGGAACUCGGUCGAUCUCGCCCGCGACAUUCUCAAGAGCGAGUCUUGCUUCCUCGAGUGCCCCGAGCUCAACCUUUCCGUCAACCCCGGCACCCUCGGCGGCCGCUUCACCACGGUGGAGGGUCUUCUCACCCAGGUCCGCGACGACCUCCACAACCAGAUCUUCCAGACCGGCCCCGAGGACCCCGCCGCCGUCCACGCUGGCGACUCCCUCCCCGCUGAGGAGAAGGCUCGCUGGGACAAGUUCUUUGGCGACCUCAGCGCCGCCAUCAAGGGCGAGCGCGAGUUCACCAUUAUUCUCACCGACCCCAUGGCCAGCUCCUACGUCCAGAGCUUGGCUGACGACCCGGCCCAGCCCGAUGAGCAGAUGAUUGUGGAGGAGUACGAGCGUACCGACGAGGAAGAGGAGGAGCUUGGUCUUAAGGACAUGAAGACCGAGAACUACUCCGAAGACCACUAGAUCAAGAAGGACCAAUCAAUGCUUGGUGCUCUUUCUGGGGAGAGGAAGAAAUCUUAAUGAAUCUAUACACAGCGACGAAGACGAUGUCUCCUUUUUUUGGGUUUCUA